CCGUCAUUUGCGCUCUACCCAUAUUCGAGCGAGAGAGAGAGAGAAAGAGAGAGAGAGAGAGAAGAGAGGGGGGAAGAUAAUGGUGAUAACGGUCAGAGAGUUUUGCUGUUCUACUACUACUUCUUCUUCUAGGCCUCUUUGCUUCAACCUCUCUCCACGUCCUCUCUCCUCGAAAUCUUGUUAUUUCCUGAGGCCAAGAAAUUCUUCAAGUUGCAUCAGGGCCAGCCAUUCUGUCUGCAAGAAACUUGCCACUGGCCCACUAUGGAACCUUGGCCUUUCCUCCAACAGUUCUGAGGGUUCAACUUUUGACCCAUUGGGUAUCAAUUUGGAUAGUUCAACGGAUCUAAAUGUUUCUCCUUGGGAAAGUUUCCUAGGCUUGCUUUCUCCAAAUUUCGAGAGUACAUCAAGUACAAGGAAGGACAAACCUUCUUCAACUAGAGGAGUAGCAGCUGCAAUUGAGGAUAGUUCCAUUGAUUUCGGGGACUUCUUCAAAGGCCCAUUGCCCGGGAAAUUUCUCCAGCUUUUGGGAUACUUAGCUCUAUCCAGACUUGGAAUAUAUAUACCUCUUGGUGGAGUAAAUCGCGAAGCUUUUGUUGGAAAUCUAGAUCAGAACAGUAUAUUGAGCACUUUAGAUACGUUCUCUGGAGGAGGCAUUGGUCGCCUUGGAAUAUGCUCCCUAGGUAUUGUUCCCUUUAUUAAUGCGCAGAUUGUGUUUCAGCUUCUCACCCAGAUCUAUCCCAAGUUGCAAGAACUUCAGAAAAAAGAGGGUCAGGCUGGAAGAAAGAAGAUUCUUCAGUAUACUCAAUAUGCUUCAGUUGGUUUUGCCAUUGUACAGGCAAUUGGUCAAGUACUCUUCCUUCGCCCAUACGUCAAUGACUUCACUACGGAGUGGGCCCUAUCUUCUGUUACUCUAUUAACACUUGGUUCAGUGCUCACAACAUACAUUGGUGAACGGAUUACUGACUUAAAACUUGGAAACGGUACUUCUCUUUUGAUCUUUACGAGCAUCAUAUCCUACUUGCCGGCAUCUUUUGGUAGAACAGUUGCAGAAGCAUUUCAGGAUGGUAACUAUGUUGGACUCAUCGCCAUCACAGUGUCCUUUUUCCUGUUGGUGCUUAGUAUUGUGUAUGUUCAGGAGGCAGAGAGGAAAAUCCCAAUUAAUUAUGCAUCAAGAUACACUAGCAGAUCUGGAGGCCUUGAAAAAUCUGCUUACUUGCCUUUCAAGGUGAACAGCACAGGAGUGAUGCCAAUUAUCUUUUCUACAUCCUCUCUAGCUCUUCCGGGAACUUUAGCUCGCUUCACUGGUUUAGCUGCUUUGAAAAAUGCUGCAGUGGCUUUAGGCCCAGGGGGUUCCUUCUAUCUCCCGACCAACAUUCUACUGAUAGCCUUCUUCAACUACUACUACACGUUCCUACAAUUGGAUCCUGAUGACGUGAGUGAACAGUUGAAGCGCCAAGGUGCAUCUAUCCCACUUGUCCGACCGGGUAAAAGUACCGCUGCAUUUAUUAAAACGGUCCUUAGUCGGAUAUCCGUUCUUGGAUCCGCGUUUUUGGCAAUUCUAGCUGCUGGUCCUGCCGUGAUUGAACAAACUACACACCUCACUGCAUUUCGGGGAUUUGCGGGCACAUCGGUCCUCAUUCUUGUUGGUUGUGCCACUGACACAGCACGAAAAGUUCAGGCAGAAAUAAUCUCCCAGAAGUACAAGAACAUAGAGUUUUAUGAGAUCGACAAGUUUUGAAAAAUCCAGAUUAGAAGGUGGGAAGGAUGAAAAUCCGCAGGGGAAAUGGGAAAGUUGAUGUUAGUUUUGAUUCGGAUCAUGUAUUGUUUAGUCAUUUGCCAUGUAUAUGAGAAAAUAGCACUUGUAUGUGACAUUUUUGGUGCACAGUUUGGUUCUAACUUUUGCAUAUUGUACAA